AUGAACGCCCAGAGAAUGCAGCUCGGUGCUCCGGGGGGAAUACCCUGGGAUGGAGAAUUUUUGAGGAAAUACCGAGUGGAGUUGUUGAGCGGCAUAACCCCCACGACUCUCAAACAAGUUUUAGACACCUUGCUGGCCAAGAGAGACUUAAUAGAAGAAGAGGUGGAUUUGAUCUUGAACGACGGAAAAACCAGGAAGGACAAGGUUAGAAAUCUGCUUGACACCUUGUCGUCCAAGGGCCCAGGAUCAAUUGGUCGCUUCAAGGACGCCCUCGCCGAAGUAGACAAGCCGUCUUCAGAGCUGGUGAACACGCUUGACGCCACUGAAGCCGCAUCUUCUCUGCGCUGAGGCUCGAUGUCGUCAUAUACAUUUGUAGAAAUUCACGGUGUUGUGCUUAGGUACUCUCCAAGCAGAGGUUGUGGGGGAAUGAUCGCUACCUUUUUAUAUAUGGCUGUUUUUUUUUUUGUCGCUACCUCGACCACCCCAUCGGUGGCCGGUGACCUUCUCUGGCUAAUGGAUACUGCCUGGCCAAUUUGAUACUGUCUUUUUGCCACCGAAAGGG